GUUAUACGUGCAUUACGGCUGUAGCCUGUCCACCCCGCACAUUAAACCCUAGUUUAAACACUGAACAAACAUACCCCCUUGCAAAACCCCCAACCCAAAGCUGCUGCGCAAAAUCACAAGUAAUUUCUCUGUCCCUUUUGUGUCACAGGAUUUCUGAAGAGUUGCUGGGAAGAUGGGUCGUGUUCGCACCAAGACAGUGAAGAAGUCAUCCCGACAGGUGAUUGAGAGGUACUACUCUAAAAUGACUCUGGAUUUCCACACAAACAAGAAGGUGUUGCAGGAAGUUGCUAUCAUUCCUUCCAAGCGUCUGCGCAACAAGAUUGCUGGGUUUUCGACCCACCUCAUGAAGAGGAUCCAGAAGGGUCCUGUUCGAGGUAUCUCACUUAAACUGCAGGAGGAAGAGCGUGAAAGGCGCAUGGACUUUGUACCUGAUGAAUCUGCCAUCAGGACUGAUAUCAUUGAGGUUGACAAGGAGACCAUUGACAUGCUUGCAGCCAUUGGCAUUGCUGACCUCCCUGGGGUUGUUAAGCAAGCUGAGGACCCCCAGUCUGUGCCUGUAGCUCCUGGUUUUGGAAGAGGUGGAGGACCAGGUGGUUUUGGCCGGAGAAGAAACUAGUGAUCAUGUUCUGUAUUCUGGGGUUAGUAGCUAGCAAAUUCUAUCACUUUGGUGUUAAAUUCAGUUUUGGUAAUAUUGAUAGGUGAAACUUGUGUACUUGCGGCAAUUGCUCUUCCGAUAAUUUGAGUUCUCAGUUCUCAUAAACACCUGUGUAUCUCUUCAUCUCCUCCUCGAGCUGGUUAUAUCUCCAUCUCCAAUGAAAUCGAAAUUACUUUACAGCAUCAGAGUUUAAAUUUGAAUUUAAGCUAGUUACUUUGGCUUGCCCUCUUUGUUCUGGUUAUCAUCUUCCUUGUUUCUUACACAUUCCUCGGUGGACAUUGUUUACUUGAUUCAACUGAAACGUAUAAUAUUAGAAUUUAGAUUCUUUUCCCAUAUUCGGAUGACCAAUUAGACAGCAGAAGGCAGUUCUCGGACCAUGCUAUAGCGAUCCAAAUGCAUCUAAGCCCGACAGAUCUGCAAUGCACCUGCUUCUUUGUGCUUGGUUAUCCUCUUCAAAUCAACUCUAAUAAAAACAGUCUAAGAUCUCUGUUCGUAUGAGAAGCUACAUCUAGAAUGUGCAUGAUAAUACAGUAUGCCUUUUGCGUGUGACACCACCACAUUGCUCGGCACUCUAAAAUGUGAUGAUUAAAUUAAAUUACAAAGAGCAGUAUCAUGUCAUGUAAUAGAUGAUUAUCA